CAAGCCUGGUGUGUAUGCUCCCCGGGCCGGCUGUUUUGCUCGACGCACCACCACCUCUGCGGCUGCUACGGCCCCUCUACAUGGGUUGAAGGGCCUGGCUCUGUCUCCCUCUCUCUCUCUCUCUCUCUCCAUCUCUCUCUCCCUCCUUCUCUGUCUCUCUCUUUUUGUCUGUCCUGACUACAGUAGUCGCCGGCGUGUCUCCUCUCCUCUCCCUCUCCCUCUCCCUCUCCCUCGUCUGCCCUUCCUCCCGUUGUGCCUGGCGUCCCGUCCCGACUGACGCUGCGUCUCCGCCGCGUCUCGACCCGAGCUGACCCCUGAUGUGUGCUAUGGGUCGUGCCCCGGGCGCGUUUGGACUCACAGCACCACCAGCACCGCCGCUGCAGCCGCCACCAGCACCAGCACCAUCUUCCUCGUCGCGACUCUCCUCCUCCUCCUCAUCCUCGUCCGCUGCAAGAGUAGCCUCGCCAGCCUCUCCCUGCGUCGCGGGCAGCCACAGGUGCCAGCGGCUGUAGAGAAGGGAAGCCCGCCGCUAGCCGACUUGACCGCUUCUCUCCGAUCCGGCUCUUCGACCUGACCGGUGGUCCAGGGGGGCUGUCCGCCUGCCCUGAGCGCCUGGUUGUAGCACCGGGUCCCAGCGCCAUCUCCAGCCCCAGCAGAGGCUGGGUGGAAGUGAGGGGAGGCACCUGCGGGAGCGGGGGGAGAGCACACCCCCCCCUCGGCCGGCCGGCAGAGACUAUGCAGCCAGGACUGCUGGCCCUGGCGGUGGUCAUCCUCAGCACGUCCUUUGGGCACGGCAACGACGGAAGCCUCAAGCCUGGCAAGGGGAGGAGGCAGAGACGCAUAAGCACUGAAGUGCCACCGCCAUCUUGCUCCAAUGGCUGUGAGAACUGCUCCAAGGACAACGGCUGUCUGAAAUGCCGCCCCCGCCUCUUCUUCCUCCUGGAGCGCAACGACAUCCGCCAGACGGGCGUGUGCCUGGCCUCCUGCCCCGUCGGCUACUUCGGCAUUCGACAGCCGGACAUGAACAAGUGUGCUCAAUGUAAAAUAGAGAACUGUGAGGAGUGCUUCAGUCGGACGUUUUGCACAAAGUGUAAGGAGGGCUUAUAUUCUCACAGAGGCCGCUGCUACGCCAGCUGCCCGGAGGGCCACAGCACGGUCAAUGGCACUAUGGAGUGUGCGGGCGCAGGUGCGGUGCAAUGUGAGCUGGGUGAGUGGAGUUCCUGGGGCCCAUGCAUGAAGAAGAACAAGACAUGUGGCUUCAAGAAGGGCACCCAGACGCGUGUCCGAGAGCCGGUGCUGCCCACGCAGCCAGCGCAGCCCCCCAGCCCUGCCACGGCCUCUCGGGCCCCACCUCCCUCCACCUGCCCCCCUCCGGUCACCGAGAGCCAGAGGUGCACCGUGCCCAAGAAGAUCCCGUGUUCUGGGAGAGGAGGAGGAGGCAAGGGGAACAAAAAAGACAAACCAGAUGGCCAGAGGAACCGCGAUAAAGGGGGCGGCAAGAACCGUGGCAGUAAAGGAACAGGAGGAGGUGGAGGAGGAGGUGGUGGAGGAGGAGGAGGAGGAGGAGGAGGAGGAGGAGGAGGAGGAACAGGAGGAGGAAAGAAAAAGAAAGUGCGUGCCACCACUGCUCCCACGCCCAUGCUCACAGCGAGCACCGUCACCUAGUCAAGUCCUGGCGCUGAGGCGGGGGCUCUAGAUAGGUGGAUGGACAUACACACACCCCACCCACCCACACCUCCGCCCACCGCAAAAACCCAGAUGCAAAACAAACACACAAACAAACAAACAAACAAACAAACAAACAAACAAACACAAGACAGAAAUGACAACAGUGUCCAACUAAAUGAGGAGAAGAUCCUUGCUGCUAUGCAUUCUCAGAAAAUACUUGUGAGAGAACUGGAGGACUGUUGCAAUACAAAAAAAAAGAACUUUUUUUUUGCUUUGUAUUGAAGAAAGACAUUUGACACAUUUGAGAGGAGCAAAAACAACACAUGAAAAAGAUUGGCUUCGUUGGACGGAUGGAAGUACUGUGAGUCACAAAUCUGAUGGUGACUGGUCUCACGAAGAACCUGCCCAGCAGGAGGUGGUUCCUUACAAAACACAGCAGGCAAUCAUGAGAAAAAGAGAACAAAGUCAAGUGUUUUUUUUUUUUUUUUUAAUCGAUCAAAGGACUACACUCAUAUGCCCUAUAACUGUGGAGAUGUGACAUUCGAAAAUACCAAACACUCUUAAAUAAGAGUGUCUGAAAGCAGUUUGCUUUUCAUUAUCAUGGUAACUGUUCUGAUAAUGGCUUGUCGGAGGCAGAUAACACGUUUGUAGGUAUUUGUUUUAAGUCGACGGAGCAGGAGAUGGACAGUAUUAAUGCGCUUUAUUGUUUAAUUUCUACUUUAUGUUGGAACAACAGAAAGGCACUGGAACUAAUGUGUGGCUUGUUCAAAAACAAAUACCAAAAGAUGUUUGACUUUUUUGGUAAGGAAAGGAUCCAAGAAACGAUGACAUGAGAGAUAGAGUGAACCAAUAUAUUAUUUGUUAUCCAAAUCCUCUCCCCCAGACAUCACUCAACACUCUUAAGUAUCUUGGCUAGUUCCUUUAUAAAUGUUAUUUUGAUGAGAAGGAAAAGAAUUUGUAAUGCACAAUAAUUGAGCAAUAAGAAUGAAGAUGAAACAGUAAAAAUAAAAUAAAGAUUGUGUGUGUGUGGGGGGGGGGGGGGGGGCUGUUGGGGUUAGAAUGAGAUUUAAAAUGUAGAUGGAUUGUGUUUGUUUACAAAUGAUGCAGUAUGGACAGAAUUAGCGUGUGUGUGUGUGUGUGCGUGUGUGUGUGUGUGUGCGUGUGCAUGUGUGAGAGUGAGAGUAAGAUGAGAGAGGACAGUGGUUUGCAUGUCAAUACAUGACAGUAUCCUUUUUCUGUGUGUUUACAGAUGUUUGUGUUUGUAUCAACUCCUGCUAAGAGAAAACAAAUGGUUGAAAUAUAUCAGCACACUUAUAUAUCAACAGCCUCAUUAUUCCUAAUCAUCUGGUUAUAUGUAUACCAUGUUCAUACAGCUCUUCAAUACUUACACAUUUAUGUUUUGCUACAGGGUCAGAUAGCAAGAAUUUAUAUUGCACAGUGUCUCCAUGUUUGCAAUGUAUUCAGAUUGCUGUAUGGAAUUAACCUUUUUUCACAGUGUUGGUAUGGUAUGGUGAGACAAUCUGAAGUUUGACGUACAGUAGGCUUUAGAGCCACUAUCCGCGCUCUCGUAAUUUUUCCUUGGUCUGGUAGCCGUACGCACACAUUAAAAAGUACUUUAUUUCAAUGGAAAACUUCACUGCAAUGGCUACAAUAUGGGUCGUCACACUGAGUGCAGUGUGUUAGCCUCAGUUUUGGAAGAAAGCUAUGAUUAUGUUGACUGAUAAUAUGCUGUAGAUACAGUAUAUUAUAUUGUGAUAUUUUAUUACGACUGAAGGGUUAUCCCUCCUGAAAGUAGCUGCCCUUGGACUAGAUUCUGCACGACACCAGGCCACGUUCUCUCUUAAGGGUGCAUAUACUUCAAUACAAAUGUUAUUAGCAAAGUCAUUUGAACCAUAUGAACUGUUUUAAGUGCCCUGUCCUGAUUUGUUUUCCCCAUCAUCAUGCCUUACUUGUGUGUGUCUACAUUAAAAGAAAAGAUCAUUA